GAUACCCACUUCAUCAAACAAUCAACACUCACUUCAUAUUUUCUACUCAUGUCUCAACCAAUCAUACUAUACGAUAUUCCAGCCCGAGUGCCCGGAAUUACAUUUUCUGGCAACCCGAUCAAAGCAAGGUACACGCUUGCCUACAAAGGCUUGGCCUUCAAAACCGUCUGGAUUGAAGCACAGGAUAUUGAGGAGCGGAUGAAGGCCAUCGGCGCCAAACCUACCAAGCGCAAGCCUGACGGAAGCGACUGCUACACGCUCCCUACUAUCGAGGACCCUUCUACAGGCGCCGUUGUCUCGGACUCUUUCGCCAUCGCCGAGUAUCUUGAGGAGACGUAUCCAUCCAAACCCACUGUCUUCCCCCACAACACUAGAGCCCUCAUAAGCAUUUUUGAUUCCACUUUCAUGAAUACCAUAAGCCCUGUGUUCGCAGUGUUUUACGCCGUGGUUGCCCCAAAGGUACACCCCCAAAACGGGGAGUUUAUUAAGAAGCAGGUUGAGGUUAAUUUUGGCACUAAAUGGGAGGACUUGUCGCCCAUAGGUCCGAAGCGAGAGGCGGACUGGCAAAACAUAAAGGCGGGGCUUGGAGUCAUCGAUGGGUGGUAUUCAAAGAGCGGUGGUAAAUGGAUCAUGGGAGACACGUUCUCCUAUGCGGAUAUGAUCGUAGGUGCAUGGAUGAGGUGCUUCAGCGUGUCCUUGGAUAAGGAGCAGUGGGAGGAGAUGAAGUCGUGGAAUGGCGGACGCUGGGGCGACAUAGUGGAAGAGAUUGACGCUUAUCCGAUUCUGAACUAACGAAUGAGGAUCGCAACUCUGUGGAGAGCUUCUGCGACUAGUUUGGCUUACAGAGAGUCGAUCCACCAACCAGGUGGAACUAAAUGGAAAGGACCAACGGAAUGAUUGAAAGGGGGAAAGACGUUUCUGCGAGCGACGGUGUUAAGUAGUAGCAUAGGAUUCCAAUGGUUGUAGCAAUGAUGCAAUAUGAUGUCAUUCGUCAUGAGUACGGCACUGGUGACUCGGGACGGGAUUGGGUUCGAUCCGGUACACGUGAUAGCGGUGGCAUAUAUGAGAGCACGUGCCAGAGCUUGAUGCUUUUGAUCCACGAUGUCUGUCUACCAGUCACCGCACGAGUCUGUUCCGCUGGUGCACCGUUCGAUCUACAGCCAUCUCUUUGCAUCUGACUCGCCGUCUCGCGUCGGUCCCUACCCCGCCACCUCCCCCGCCUUCGUCGAUGCCACCACCGGCCACACCCUCACACGCGCCACCCUGCGUUCCUUCUCCCUCCAGCUCGCCCACUCCCUCCUCUCCCCGCCCCCAUCAUCCAUACACCCCCAACCACACCGCUCCACCCUCCUCAUCUUCUCUCCAAACACCAUCACAUGGCCCAUCAUCCUCCACGCCGCAUCAGCAGCAGGCCUUCGUGCAACCCUCGCAAAUAGCGCAUAUACCUCCAACGAACUCGCACACCAGUACGUUGACUCGCGUGCACAGCUCAUACUCGCCCACCCCUCGCUCGUGCACACCGUUCGCGCCAUGCUUCGCUCCCUUGGCUGUCAGGA